GGAGCCUGGCGGCGACCUGGGCCGCCAAUAAAAUCGCGAGCCGGCGCGGGCCGUGCGCGUGACGCUGCGUAGCGGGCUGCGAGCUUGGGGGCGGAGGGGCCGGGGAGCGGGGCGCUUUAUCUUCGCUGGCGGUGGGGCUAGCUGCGACGCUAGCCUUGGGCACCGGGAGAGCUCCCCUCAGUGCACCUUUCUGCCGGCCGCGCCGUGACGGCUUCCCGGCUUUGCCGUUCCUGACGAGGUCUCCGCUGUCGGGCUCCGGCCCCAGAUAGUACAAUGGUGGGCGAAGAGAAGACGUCUCUAAGAAAACGGCUGUCAAAGUCCAGGGAAGAUUCUGAGGAAGAUGAAGACCAGAGAAGCCCUUCAAGGGAGUCCCUGGAGACAGCUAGUAAUGGUAGGAUUAACUUAAAACAGUUGAUGGCAAAGAAGAUACAGUUGACAGCAGAGGCAGAGGAAUUGAAGCCAUUUUUUAUGAAGGAAGUUGGCAGUCACUUUGAUGAUUUUGUGACCAGUCUCAUUGAAAAAUCAGCAUCCUUAGACAAUGGUGGGUGUGCUAUCACAAGCUUUUCUGUUCUUGAAGGAGAGAACAACCACAGAGCUAAAGAUUUCAGAGCACCUCCAGAACAUGGAAAGGUUUUUGUUCUAAGGCAAUCUCUCUUAGAUGAGCUGUUUGAGGUGGACCACAUCAGAACAAUCUAUCACAUGUUUAUUGCCCUCCUCAUUCUGUUUAUCCUCAGCACACUUGUUGUAGAUUACAUUGAUGAAGGAAGGCUGGUGCUUGAGUUCAGUGUCCUAUCUUAUGCUUUUGGCAAACUUCCUGUUGUUAUGUGGACGUGGUGUACCAUGUUCUUGAGUACACUUGGUGUUCCCUAUUUCCUCUUUCAACGUUGGGCCAGAGGUUACAGCAGGAGUACUCACCCAGUGGUCCAUUCUCUCUUCCACUGCUUCCUUUUCAUGGUCUUCCAGAUUGGCGUUCUAGGUUUGGUACCAACGUAUGUUGUAUUAGCAUAUACGCUACCGCCAGCUUCCAGGUGCAUUGUUAUACUUGAACAGAUUCGUUUCGUAAUGAAAGCCCAUUCAUUUGUCAGAGAGAAUGUGCCUCGGGUACUAAAUUCAGCUAAGGAGAAAUCAAAAACGAUUCCAAUACCCACAGUCAACCAGUACCUGUAUUUCCUGUUUGCACCUACCCUCAUCUACCGUGACAACUAUCCCAGGACUCCCACUGUAAGGUGGGGUUAUGUUGCUAUGCAGUUUUUACAGGUUUUUGGUUCCUUUUUUUAUGUGUACUACAUCUUUGAAAGGCUCUGCGCCCCCUUGUUUCGGAAUAUUAAACAGGAGCCCUUCAGCGCUCGUGUUCUGGUCCUAUGUGUAUUUAACUCCAUCUUGCCAGGUGUGCUGGUACUGUUCCUCACGUUUUUUGCCUUUUUACACUGUUGGCUGAAUGCCUUUGCUGAGAUGUUACGCUUUGGUGACAGGAUGUUUUAUAAGGAUUGGUGGAACUCCACAUCAUAUGCUAACUAUUACAGGACCUGGAAUGUUGUGGUUCAUGACUGGUUGUAUUACUAUGCCUACAAGGACUUUCUCUGGUUUUUCACCAAGAGGUUCAAGUCGGCUGCCAUGUUAGCUGUCUUUGCUGUGUCUGCUGUAGUGCACGAAUAUGCCCUGGCUAUUUGCUUGAACUUUUUCUAUCCGGUGCUUUUCGUGCUCUUCAUGUUCUUUGGAAUGGCUUUCAACUUCAUUGUCAACGACAGUCGGAAAAGGCCAAUUUGGAAUGUUAUGAUGUGGACUUCCCUUUUCGCGGGCCAUGGCGUCAUCCUGUGCCUUUAUUCCCAAGAGUGGUAUGCACGUCAGCACUGUCCUCUCAAAAAUCCCACAUUUUUGGAUUAUAUCCGGCCACGUUCCUGGACUUGUCGUUACGUGUUUUAGAAGCUUGGACUUUGUUUCAUUCCUUGACACUGAAGAUGGGUAUUCUGCCUGAUUUCGGGCCAGCAUCUGUUUCCAGUCGUUACUGAAGUUAUCUGUGGUAUUUGGAUCACUCCGCGCUUUACAGAUGGUUUGCUCCGUUCCUAGGUCAGCUGAGAUGUUGCGAGUUUACUGGAAUCUUGUGCACUUAAAGCAGUACUUUUUUUUUUUUUUUUAAACCUUUUUGGGAGAAGGAGAAGGGAGACUUACAGCUGACAACAGUGACCAAUUUUUGCUGGGUUUUGUUUUUGACUCCCAUCUAAACAUCAUGACUAAACUCCCAUGUGUCCUUGGCCACUGACUUCGCCAAAACACUUAACGAGGAAAUAAUUUAAAUAUUUUGGUCUUUGAAAUUUUUUUCAGGCACACUGUUGGAAUAUAUGCUAAUUAACUAUGUACCUAGGGAAGAAAACAAAAUAAUGAGGAACAUUUUGCUAUUUCUAGUAGAGUGAAAAUCUCUAGUUUCCGAAGAUAAUCUCGUUAUGCCUCCUAUUUGUUUUUUGUUAUUUUUUUUUUUAAAGUUUGUUCUACUCAGUUUUUACCUUGUUUUCUCUAUGAAGUGUAGGUCAUGAUUUCUGUGAAGCAAAAUUACACCUUUCACCUUGAAUUCUUGAGUUUAUAUCUGAAAUCAUACAUAUUGAGGGAACAGAAAGAAGUAGGAAGGGAAGAAGAGAGAAGUGGCACGGGACAAAGAAAAGACAUUUCCUUUUACAUCUUCCAAAGUAAUUUUUAAAAAAGACUUGCUGAGUCAAUCAAAUGUUUAAAUUAUUUUAUCGUGGAACUUAAUGUGGAAGAUAACUUUUUUUUGUUGUAAAUGCUUUAAGGUAAUAACUUUUGGGAAGUUAUUUAGAAGUACUCUUUGGUAUACUUAUGGUUUAAUAAAUACUGACUUGAAAUAGUUGGCAGACUAGUAAGUCUGUAACAUAUAAGUAUUAAUCACAUUCCAUUAAUAUUAAAGUGAUUUUUAAAGAUCCAGAA